AUGGCUGUGUCCACGUGGCCUGACAUCUCUCACCUCUCCGUCUCAAGGCCAGAGCUGAUCAAUGUUCUGAGGCAGAUGGGCCAACAGGUCAAGUUGCCUCAAAAGAUGAAAGCACCUGAUUCUUUCCGGAACCCUGGUCUCUUGUGCUACUUUCACCGAGGCCACGGUCACAAAACGGAGGACAGCGUCUCACUAAAGAUCGAGGACCAAGUGAUACAUGUCAUAUCGGGCGGUUCGGAGAUCAACUGCAUAAGCCACGCAGCCGCUAAGAAAAUCACUUGGAUCGCCAAGCACGGCCUAGAGGCAGCCAAGCCGAAACGUCUGCUCCUGGGUACAGACGAAAUAAGUUUCACGGCCAAGGAGCAGGAAAAGGUUUUCACCCCACAUCAUGACGCCCCGGUUAUAUCGCUCAUUGUAGCGAACUGCCUGGUGAAAAGGAUACUGGUGGAUAAUGGAAACUCCGGAAACAUCAUCUUCCAGGCCUCAUACAAGGAUCUGGGGCUGGAGAAAAGCGCUCUAACUCGGAGGAUAACCCCACUCAUAGGAUUCAGCAGAGAAGUCAAGCAAACCGCCGGAGAGGUGACCCUCCCGGUAUACGCUGAAGGGAUCAACAUGUCAACCAAGUUCCUUGUUGUUGACUGUGACUCAUCCUACAAUAUGAUCCUAGGACGGCCUUGGAUUCACGGCAUGGGAGUCGUCCCUUCGACUCUUCACUAG